UGGAGGUGACAAAGUAUCUGCUACAUUUGUUUCCACCAUGUGCGCUUUGAUGUCCGUUUGCCGACACUGUAGCUAUUGAUGCAGCAUGAAACCGUGCUAGCGCUCACAUGGAUUUAAGUUUUUUGCUGAAAUGCCACCAGAUAGUGAACGCAGUAGCGGAGAUAAGAUGACGCAGGCCCCUGAUUCCCAAGAAAAGCACCAGGAGCCAAUCAUUAGUUGUAUGUUGGUUGGAGAUGGUGCCGUGGGGAAAACAAGCAUGAUUAUAAGUUACAUCUCAAAUGGAUACCCAAACGAAUACCGUCAGACGGCCUUUGAUGUCUUCACCGGAUUGGUUCGAGUAGAUGGGAUUCCAGUACGAAUCCAGUUGAUGGACACUGCAGGACAGGAGGAGUUUGAUAACUUUUCCUCCAUGUACUACAAUCAAAUAGAUGUCUUCAUCCUUUGCUUCAGUGUUGUCAACCCAAUGUCUUUCCACAAUAUCACUUCAAAAUGGAUCCCCCAGCUCCGCACCUACAAUUCUGCUUCACCCAUAAUUCUAGUGGGGACCCAGUCGGACCUCCGACAUGAUGUUAGCAUCCUUAUCCAUCUGGACCAGCUGAGGGUCAAGCCAGUGGUGAACUCCCAGGCCAGGCGGCUGGCAGAGAAGAUCAGAGCCCAUGACUAUGUGGAGUGUUCCGCGCUGACCCAGAAGAACCUCAAAGAAGCGUUUGACUCUGCUAUCUUUGCUGCCAUCAAGCACAAGGCCUGUCAGAAAGCAAAGAAGCUCAAACUAUUUGAUCGUGCAAAGACUUUCUCUAGCGGCAGGUGGAAGAAAUUAUUCUGCUUCAUGUGAUCAAAUGGCAUCACUACCUCAAUACAGGACACAAAACCCUCAUGUGUUGAAUACUAGGGGGUUGCAGUAGAAGCUGUGUGGAAUGGAUUAUGCACCUUGAAAGUGGUACUGCUAAAUUAAAUCACAUGGAUUAGAUAUGUUGUGCCUAUUGAAGCUCAAAAGCCAAAGGUUCCCCCAGCAACCUGUGACAACUUCCCACCAUUGUAUGCACUGUGGAAAGUCUUUCUUAUUCACAGGAUUCAGACAGCAUUGUAUUGCAGUUGGUGUCACGGCCUAUUUGCGACCUGGCAAUCACUUUUCUAGCACAGAGACACUAUGCAUUGUUAAAUAUUUUUGUUCCUAGGCUCUAUCAAAUGUGAAUAUCUUCUAGCCUUAUAUGCUUCUUGUGGAAGCCACAUGUUUUAACCAAUGUUUGCGUUGUCAUUUUAUGUCACGUCUACUUGUCUCGUUACACAUUUCACCUUUUUGAAGUGUUAUUUUUUGUUGUUUAUUUUAAUGAAUUAGGAGUUCAUAAAUGUGAAAAUUGCAGAAUGCAUGCAUAUUGACUAGAGAACCAUCAAGAAUGUAGAUCAGCUGAUGACCCUCAUUAGAGUAGUUGUAGAAAAUUAUAUUCACUAAUGCCUUGGACAUUAUAUUCCAGUAGGCAGUACUCUAUCAUUUAAUGUUAUCUUGUGAGCUUUGACUCCAUUUUAUGGUAAGGUCUGUUGACCACUGAGGGAGGCCAACAGUCGGGGGUAAAUCCACAGAGAAAAUGGAAGGAAAGACAGAGCUGAGAAUAUUUGCACCACAGGGUUUUGUUACCCAGCUCACAGACAAGGGACUAUGGUCACCUGCUGUCACAUUGAGGCUCCAAUUUACAAGACAACUCCUCUCCAUUAAAGCUGUUCCCUUAGCUUUUGUAAUAUAGCACAUUGGUUCCACUGUCUCAUCAACCCAGUCAGGCGCUUUAUAAACUUUAUCUCCACUAUAAAAAGCAUCUAGACAUUCUCACAUUUCUUUUAGACUAACAUUUAGUUUUCAACAGUGGAGAUUUGUUUAAACCUUGCUAUCUGUCCGACAUUUGCAACAAUAUUCAAAUUCGAUCUCCUGCUGACCCAUAGUAUUGAACGUGUCAGGACGAGACAGAGGCAGGCAGCGUUUCUCAGCCGGUCAAAAUCACGAAUCAGCUGGCAUCAUUUUUAUGGUUAUAUACAAAAACAUGUAAGUUGAAAAAAGGUAAAA